AUGCUGAGAUCGAAUCUCCCACAGGCCCGGCGACCGGAUACGUGGCACAGAACCAGAAGAAGGAAAAUUUCGUCGUUCGCAACACCUUCAUUGAGCAGAUCCCAGGCACACCGUCUUCACCCUUGGAUCGACAGGUGCAGUCGUGCCCCGGCACCAGCAUCUUGCACCACGCCACUCCCGACGACCGUGCAGCAGGUCCAGCUUCAGGCCGUGCCCAGCUCCCCAGCAUCGGAUGCCUCGGAACAAAGAUUGGGAAAUCGAGAGAAGCCCUGGAGUCCUGAUUUGGUGGCCAGUCUUGUGAAUGCUGCAGCGACAGCAGUGGAGAUGGCGACACCAUCACUGCCAGGAUUUCGGCAAGUUCUUGUGGAAUGGAAACCAUGGGGAUGGGAUAAGCUCGAAACACAGCAGACCUCGUAG